CAACAAUGGCCGAAGUGCAUUACACACAUGAAAUGUCGAGGGAGUAAAAAUAUUCAGUGGACUGAUUUCUAAGGACAUAUUAAAAAAAUCGGUUCACCAUGUGGGAGGAUCCAGACGUAUCAGUGCAGGAACAACUAUUUCACGACUAUGUGCGGGAAAAUAUUAUCUGGCUGCUGUUGUUCAUCCUCCUCUAUGUCAGCUCUUACGCCUCCAUCUGCCAAAUCCGCAAGCGAGCUGACUCUGAGGACAUGUAUGCAGGUGAUGAGGAUGCACUGGUGUACCGGAUAGCGUUGUGGUUGUGUACAUUUACACUUUCUGUGUCGGCGGGGGCUGUGCUGCUUCUGCCGGUCUCUAUCAUCAGCAACGAGGUGCUCCAUCUCUACCCCAAGAGCUACUAUGUCAAGUGGCUUAACGCCUCUCUGGUUCAGGGUCUAUGGAAUCACAUCUUUGGGUUUUCCAACUUAGCACUCUUUAUCCUCAUGCCCUUUGCAUACUUCUUCACAGAGGCCGAGGGGUUCUCAGGGUCCAAGAGGGGUAUUAUGGGCCGUGUGAAGGAGGCGCUAGCUGUGCUGUGUCUGCUUGGCAUCAUGGUGCUGGGGCUUGCCUGGGUUGCCAAUGCUCUCAUCAACGAUGAUGAACACAGCAAACAAACACUAUUUGAUGUGUGGCACAUCCACCUACCAUACCUCUACUCCUGCAUCUCCUUCAUCGGAGUCCUCAUCCUGCUAUUGUGUACUCCCGUCGGCAUAUCCCGAAUGUUUACCGUCAUGGGCCAGCUGAUUGUCAAACCUAAGUUUUUACGAAACAUUGAAGUUGAACUUCACACAGUUACUCUUGAAGAGGAAAAUCUUCUCCGUAAAAUCAAAUCUCAAAACCACCACCAUAGUAGCAGCCCUGUCUCCAAUGGUCAUGCAAAUGGUGAAACUCUCCACCAGAGGUUACAGGAGACACAGAUAGAGAGAGAGAAGCUAGAGAAGCGGCAGCAGGUAUCGUCCCUGCGGAGGAACCUGGUGUACCCCCUGGUGAUGCUGCUUCUGCUCACACUCACAGUAUUAAGUAUUUUAAUCGUUGCACACAACACAAUGUUAUUGCUAGUGGGGAUCAAAGCUCUACCUAUUGGGGCCAAGGAUACAGUGUUGGGAUUGGCAUCACUCUCAACAUUUGGAACAGUUGGAGCCUUUUUAGAGAUUGUUUUCAUUUUAUACUUAAUGUCUGCAUCAGUUGUUGGUUUUUACAGUUUGCCAUUUUUUUGCCGUCUGCAACCUAAGGUGAAGGACACACCAAUGGUGAAGGUCAUCGCCAACUGUAUAGUGCUCCUUGUUCUCAGCUCAGCGCUUCCCAUUUUGUCAAAAACUCUCGGUAUCACCAACUUCGACUUGAUUGGAAGUUUCGGCAGCAUGGACUGGCUGGGCAACUUCUACAUCAUCUUCCUCUACAACGUCAUCUUCGCCGUCACCACUGCACUCUGCUUGUUCACAAAGUUUACAGCCACACUGCGCAGGGAAAUAAUUGCCAGAUUGAUGGCUGCUUUCAAGCGUGAGAAACGGACAAUCUCUAUGUCAUAUACCACUCAAUUCGCAAAUGGAAACUUGAAAGAGGAGUAAGGGAGAUAACUCCCUCGAAAAUCAUUCAUAAGUGUUGUGUACAUUUUGUAAAUAUUGUUUUAAUUUAUUAAGCAUAUCAUACAAGCUCAAGGUUUGCUUCCGGCCAAAAGAUCAACUCUCAAAAUGUCAGAUGGACUCAGUAAUUUUUAUUGACAUUUUCUACUAAUUUUUUUUGGAUGAAUUGGGUUUACAGCAGGCAGACUUGGCUAUGUUUUUGUGAUCAUCUCAUUAACUGUGUCCCAGGCUGGUUAUUUUGUUAGCUUAGUAGUUAUUUGCAACAAUGCACGAUAUCAGGGAUGUCAACUUUUUGAACUUCACAUGACAUUUAUCAGUGGUUUAUAGUGGAUUACUCACAUCAUCGUCUGUUUGACACAGGGUUCUAUACACUCUCUUCCUUCAUUACCUGUGAAUUCAUACAUCUGUUUUGCAGUGAAGUUGCUAUUUUAACUAAUGAGUCAAGAAGUUGCUAUUUUUAACCGACCAAUCAAGCAAACGCCUGCUUCAAGCGAGCAGGAAUCCAAUGAUUGCUCAAACUGACGAGUGCUCAGAUAAAAAAUGGCAAUAUUUGUGAGCAAAAUGAGUGACAGCCUUCUUGCCAUCUGCUGUACCCAUUGCUUCAAUAUCUAGAACUAUAGACACGCGUCACCAGUGCACCGCAUUCUGCCGUAAGCUUUCACACGUGAUGGAGGAAUGUAGUGGAAACACAACCAUGAAGUAUUGAUGGGGAAAUCACUCUGAAAACUUGAUUGUUACAAAACUAAUGGCGUUGCCAUGGAUACCAUUUUCUGUUACUUAUCCAACUUGUUCAUGUUGCUCAAAGACCUGGUAGUUAAUUGAUGUUACCAUGAGAUGCUUGCAGUCAUUUGGAUAUCUGUUUUAUUAUUGUACAUUGAACUAUUGGGCUUGGUGGAACCUACGUGUACACACCUUACAAGGUUGCAACUUACACAGCGAGUGUGUGAUAGACUUGACAGUAUUAGCAAUAGGUUAUCUGUGCCAGUAGGCCAGUGUAUGCAAUAGACUGAUGCAUGACGGCGUCUCUGUGCCAGUGUAUGCAAUAGACUGAUGCAUGACGGGGUGUCCGUGUCGAUGUAUGCAAUAGACUGAUGUGUGAUGGGGUGUCUGAGCCAGUGUAUGCAACAGACUGAUGCAUAACGGCAUCUCUGUGCCAGUGUAUGCAAUAGACUGAUGCAUGACGGGGUGUCCGUGUCGAUGUAUGCAAUAGACUGAUGUGUGAUGGGGUGUCUGAGCCAGUGUAUGCAACAGACUGAUGCAUAACGGCAUCUCUGUGCCAGUGUAUGCAAUAGACUGAUGCAUGACGGGGUGUCGGUGUCGAUGUAUGCAAUAGACUGAUGUGUGAUGGGGUGUCUGAGCCAGUGUAUGCAACAGACUGAUGCAUUAAGGCGUCUCUGUGCCAGUGUAUGCAACAGACUGAUGCAUGACGGGGUGUCCGUGUCGAUGUAUGCAAAAGACUGAUGCAUGACGGCGUCUCUGUGCCAGUGUAUGCAACAGACUGAUGCAUGACGGCGUCUCUGUGCCAGUGUAUGCAACAGACUGAUGCAUGACGGCGUCUCUGUGCCAGUGUAUGCAACAGACUGAUGCAUGACGGCGUCUCUGUGCCAGUGUAUGCAACAGACUGAUGCAUGACGGCGUCUCUGUGCCAGUGUUUGUGCCCAGUGUAUAGGGCAGUGUGCUAGUUGGCAUGAGAUGUGUUGUGAGAGACAUUUGACUUGAGAUGUGUGGUGUGAGUGGCCAUAUGAUGCAAGGUGCAUUGGUUUUGCUGACGGACACAUCCGUUUGCCAAACUUCUCGUUUAGAUAGUUAUAAGUGGAACCCUGCGAAGUCUUCACAAGGCCAGACAAAGUUAUUUUCUUUUUGUUUGGACAAGCCUACACUACAAUUCAAAUAAAUACAACUUUUGCUAGAAUGAUAAAUAUGCUUCUUAAAACCUUUUUUUAACUCUUUAACCUUAAAGAAAUAUGCUCAAAUCAACCCUAGCAGCAUUUGUGAUAUUUUGCCUCCUUCAACAGGGCAUAUUGACCAAGACAAUCUGCAACAGUAUAUUAAAUUGUUCUGUCCUAGAAACAAUGCUAGAUAUUAAUUUUAUUUCACCAUGGCUCCUGAUCUGCAGCAAGUUGAGCCAACAAGCAGCCUAUCAGUCAAUGUUGCUGCUUGACACGGUGUACAUCAUGUUCCCCUGGAAACCAAGAACAAUCGACAAACUACUCUUUGAAUAUUCUCAAUGGAAUGACAAUCGUUUGUGUUUCACUUUGUGUCAAACUUUUACCAUAAUAUAUGUAAUUACCAACAUAUGAUUAUUUUUGUCAGAUAUUUGUAUUGUAAGAAUUUUUUUAGCAGGGAUUCAGAUUAAUCAUGGUCUAUUUUCAUCAUUCAAACAUCACGUGGUUCCUGUACAUCAUCACACAUACAGGGUUUCAAUGUACCAUGAAGUACUUAUGUUUUGUAAUUAUUUGUGAAGACAGUCGGACUGUGACAGGAACAGGUCACUUCAGGGUCAAGAUAUUAAUCUUUGUGUGAUUUUCAUAUUUACAAAAUACCAGCACAUUAACAUGUUAGUGUAUUUAGGAGAGUGUUAGAAGCAAGUAUUUGAAGAAGUUUGCAAGGAAAUAUUACCUUGGGAUGUGUCUAUGUUAUGCUUGUCAUGCUUGUACACUGAAUGAAACAUCUUGGACAGUGAACUUGAUCUUGAUGAUUGUACAGAUAUUGUAGAUAUUUGAGUUAAAUUGGGAUGGGGUGGUGGGUGACUGAUGUGUGUGAGGCGACAUCACAAUUACUACCAGUACUGUGCAGCAUUACUUAUACUAUACAGGGAACAUUUCAGUUGGAUGAAAGCAUUGAACUCAUCUGUAGUAAGUUUGAUAUGACCACAUAAAGCCAUAACUUCAUCCCCAGUCUGCCAUUGUCGAGAUGGAGUUCACUGUAGAUACAAGACUUUCAAUCAUAUUCACCAGCAUUAGGUGUUAUAUCAUUUGGACCAGUGUCAGAGAUAUUUGUAGCAAUCGACCAGUGACAGCUGCUACAGGGAUAUUUUGUUACAUGGAGGUCAGUGGGAUUUUAAUGUCUGAGGAUAUUGUUUGUAGCCUGUAUCAGUAUUAUUUGAAGAUGAAACAUGUGAGUUUCUGUCAUAAGUGUGUGGAUAUGUAGGGAUAGAAAUGGACCUCAUGAUUCUACAAGCCUGGACCUGUUUAACACAGCAAUCUCAGCGCUAAGCUGAUCGUAUCUCCCAUACUUUAAUAUAGACUUACGAUCAUUGUAGCUAAGAUAUUUUUCUGUAACAGGCCCCUGGUAGAAUAACAUACAAGGGCACACCCCUAAAGCCUGUAUUUCCACUAGCCCUCUGUAAUUCCACUACAGGGUUGCCUGUAUUGAGUUUUGACAAAUAUGUUUUUCAGAUUGAAAAAAAGGAAAUACACUAAAAGAUAUUGUCUGUUUUGGUGUGUGUGUUUUUUAGCCUAAUGAAUGUGAGAAAUACCUUAGCCCAUCCCACCUACUUGGCCCCACCCCACCUACUUGGCCCCACUCGUGAAGACUGAACAGUCAGUAUUCCCACUAUACCCACUGCAGUCGUGUUGUGUGUGCCCCACUCCUUGCUUCUCACCUCCCGGGGCUUGAUAACUCUUCUUGCUACCGGUUGAGAACCAAUAAGGACUCACACCUAAUGCCUCAUAAUAUUGUGUUUAAACUGCAACAUUUGCUGCCUAUUUGUGACUGUUUCCAGGGCGUGUUGAUCGUUGAUUGAAUUUGUUCAGAUAUGGGUUCCCCCCGGUGCUGGCUUAGUUCUGUAGCUGGCUGUGAAAUUGACUCCCUUAGAGCCACAUUACUUUUCAACAAGGGAAGUUUGCAGUAGUGUUGCUCCCGGGAUGGUGUGAAGCACAUGGAGAGUUGUACAACCACGCGAUGCUGCCCACGAACAGCCCUUGAUCAUGCGGGCGCAUCUAGAACCUGUGUGCAUGUGGUUUUGCUACUAUUGCUUUUUAUCCUCAUAGCCAAAGAUAGUGUUUUUCUGUGAUAUUUCUGAAAAAAAUCCAGUGAGAUCUUCUAUAUGGUUAACGUGUGAGUUUUGUAAUUGUGUGAUCAGCCCCAGAAUGUUGCUGUAUGUGUACUGAAUCUAUGUACUUUGUAUGUGUGUGUAACAAGUUGGCGCAGCCACAUGAACUCUGUGACUAUACUCAAACCUAUUAGAAACGCAACAUUUUGUUAACCCUGCAUGUAACAGUGGCAGCAGGCUAGUUGAGUUGGAUAACUGUUACAUCUACGUAUUAACUGAUAUGUGUGUAGGUGUCAGUGUGAUAUUGUGUGAUGAGUAGACAUGUGUGUCUAGAGAAUGUCAAUGUGAGUAAUGGGAUGUCAGCUGUAGAUGUAUGUGGUGGUAGCGUGUGUUUAGCCUGGUGUGUGUCUACACGAACAGUGUGAGUAAUGUGUAUAGAUAUUUAUAGAUAUUUAUAUGUACACAGUGAGUGUAGUGUGGUGUGUAAGUGUGUGUGUGCUAUGUGAUACUGUGAGUAAUGUGUGUAGAUGUGUGUACACUGAGUGUAGUGUAAAGUGUAAGUGUGUGUGUGCUAUGUGAUACUGUGAGUA